AUGGAUCAUGCAAGGGAAUUUAUCAAGGUAUGCGUGUCCGAGAAGCACCUGACACUGCUUGUUCCGGACAAAGAUGCGGAUGGGCUUUCAUCAGGCAAAAUCAUGCAUCACACGCUCACCUCUCUAGGUCUUCCCAAGGAUUGCAUCAGGGUGCACAUGCUUGCAAAAUCAGCUUCUGUCUUCCAGGACUCGGAACGCGAGAAAAUGGAGGGAUAUGGCGCUACGAGAAUCAUUGUCAUGGAUCAAGGUUCGCGAGGUGGACCAUCCCUUGUUUCACCAGUCACGCCGGAUGGUAAAUAUGUGUCCACGCUCAUAAUUGACCAUCACGAGAGCGAUGAGUUCCCCGAAGGUUCACUUGUCGUAUCUGCUUGUCACUCUCCUCCGAUCGUCACUUCCUCAUUGCUCACGUACCUCAUCUGUUUGCCUCUCCACCCGAGUAUACGUGACGAGUGUGCAGUGCCCGCUCUGCUGGGUGUAUUUGGAGACUUAGGUCCGAAUGUUGUGAAGUGGAAUGAGCCACCAUGGCCAUCUCACCUCGGGGAUGUAGUUAAGAAGGUGACAAAGAAGGCCCUGUCAAAUGCAGUGAGUAUGAUGAACGCUCCGAGACGAACUACAGAAUAUCAAGUGCAUGAUGCAUGGGAGGCUGUCCUAAAAGCCAAGUCCUUAGAAGAUAUUUCCCGGAACCGAGUCUUCCUCGCAGCCCGCGCUCGAGUGAAUGCAGAAGUCGAACGUUGCACACACGUAGCACCGCAGUUUUCAAAAGACGGGUGCGUGGCGUUGCUGCGCAUCCACAGCGGAUAUCAAAUACAUCCCGUAAUCGCCACACGUUGGGCAGGAUACCUUCGUGCUCGGGAUCUUCAACUUGUCAUGGUUGCAAAUGAUGCGUACCAUCCAUCUGGAACGUAUACGAACUUUUCGUGCCGUAUCAUCUCAGGACUCAGGAAGCUGCCAGAGACAGAGCGACCAAACUUGAUCAAGGUAUUAAAGGAUUAUGCGAGAAAGGUUCCGGAUGAGGGCUUUCUCACGCGUGUUGGCGGUGACUUUGCGACAGGACACAAGGAAGCAACUGGUGGCAUCAUCCCGACCAAUGACUUCGAGAAAUUCGUGCGGGCGAUGGAAAUCGGAGUAAAGCCAGACCCAUCAAAUAACCAAAACAAGUCAGUGAGGAAGAAAACGACGGAUGCUGGACAGAAAGUAAAAUUGACGGAUUAUUUCUCUUCGACGAAGCCAUAA